AUGGCGUCUUCGCAAAACGGAAGGAAAUAUAUGAGCGUAUUAAGAGUAUUAUGGGGUGCCGUAUAUUACUUCUCUUUCUCUCUCUCUCUCUCUCAACCCCUCACACUCAUGCGAACACUUUUUCUUUCUAUCUCGCCUGCUUGCUUUUUCUUUAUUUUUUCUUUCUUUCUUUCUUUCUUUUUUCUUGCUUGCUUUCUUUUUUCUUUCUUUCUUUUUUUUACUUUUUUGUUUCCUUAUUUCUUUCUAUUUCUUUUUUCUUUCUUUCCUGCUUUUCCUUUCUUUAUUCCAUUAUUCUCUUCUUUCCUUCUUCUUUCUUGCUUCUUCUUUCUUUCAUUCAUUCUUUCUUUCUUUCUUUCUUUCUUGCUUUUUCUUCCUCUCUUUCUUUCUUUCUUUCUUGCUAUUUCUUCCUUUCUUUCUUUCUUUCUUUCUUUCUUUCUUUCUUGCUUUUUCUUUCUUUCUUCCUAUCUUUCUUUCUUUCUUUCUUUCUUUCUUUCUUUCUUUCUUUCUUUCUUUCUUUCUUUCUUUCCGCUAUAUCCUUUUAAUCUGUUCAUUAUCUAUCUAUCUAUCUAUCUAUCUAUCUAUCUGAUUCUGUUCAUAUCUAUCUAUCUAUCUAUCUAUCUAUCUAUCUAUCUAUCUAUCUAUCUAUCUCAGUCUGUUCUUUAUCUCUAUAUAUAUCUAUCUUUUCCUGAACCCAUCAAUGUAUAUCGUUUCCCAAUGGGUCUACUUCUCCUUUCUUUCUUUCUUUCUUUCUUUCUUUCUUUCUUUGGUCAUACCUUCCUCCCUUCCUCCAUUUCUUUCUUUUUUUGGUCAUCCCUUCCUCCCUUCCUCCAUUUCUUUCUUUCUUUCUUUGGUCAUCCCUUCCUCCCUUCCUCCAUUUCUUUCUUUUUUCUUUCUUUCUUUCUUUCUUUGGUCAUCCCUUCCUCCCUUCCUUCAUUUCUUUCUUUCUUUCUUUCUUUGGUCAUCCCUUCCUCCAUUUCUUUCUUUCUUUUUUUCUUUCUUUCUUUCUUUCUUUCUUUCUUUCUUUCUUUCUUUCUUUCUUUCUUACCAACAAAUACUCAUUUACGUUAUUUUUCUCCUCUUCUAUGGUUCGUCUAUUUAUAUUCUUCCCUCUUUCAUUUUCCUUCUCCUUUCUCCCUCAUGACUUUCACUCUUUCACUUCUCUCGCAUCCAAUUUUUUAA